AUGCAGGUUGGCGUAAAUGGAUACAGCCACCAAGAGUAUGGUGAUGUGGAUGCCACCAUGAAUGCCUUUUCCCAAUGGCUGAGCGAAAUGAAAGCCCGAUCAAACAGCAGUCUGCAAGCAAUGAUGGCUGAGAUGAGUGUCAUCCGUGACGGGAUCACCUCCAAUAGUGCGGACCUCACGGAGUACAAGAGGCAUAGCAUCUCAGUUCAGCAACAGAUGCAGUCGCAGCUCACAGAUUUGCGUGAAAAGCUGACGAGCGCCUUCUCUGAGAUCACCUCAUUGGUGAAGCAGAAGGCUGCCACCGACCAGGAGCUGCUUAGCGAAAUCCAUGCAUUGGGACGACAGCUCUCCAUGAAAACAGCAGAGCUGGAGGCCUUGAAGAAGUCCUAUAGCUCAACGCAUCAGCAACUUCAGCAGAACCUUGUGCAGCUGCAGGGGCAGCUUCAAUCUACUGGGGCUGAGAUGGUGGCCGCGAAGAAACAGGCUCAAGCCGUGCAAGAAAGCGUGCAGCACAAGUUGGAUGAGGUGGAGCUGCUGACACAAAGACUUCGAGACCAGGUUGAAGCAGGUGGUCGAGAUGGGAAUGCUACGGCCCUUGCGGUGCAGGAUGACAUCGCGAAGCUCCACGAGGCAUUGACUGGUUUGUCCAGCGACUUCUUUGAGCACAAGCGGCUCACACAGCAGGUGCAGACAAAGCUUUCCAGCCAAGUUGCUGCAUUGGAAGACGGCAGGCUAAGAUCAGGUACACUGCAAGUGCAGCUGCCCUAUGAGAAGGAUGAGCUCGCUUCGCAAACGGCACUUGUAGCGACGGGUGUGCAAGAGCGCAGUCGGUAG